AUGCCUGUACCAUUUGAAGGUUUAAUACCAUAUGCAAUAAUGACUGCAUUUUUUGGAAUAGCAGGACAUGGAGUUCAAGCAAUAAGAUAUUGGGAUAAUGGAUGGAAAAAUGAUAGAUAUUUUUUAGAUUCAUGGGAUAAAAAAAUGUUAAUUCGUGAUUUUUAUUUAACUGGAAAUCAUAGAGGUCAAACAAGUGAUUCAAUUGCACCUGAAAGUUUUAAAACUAUUGAAGAAAUUGAUCAAAAUUAUUUUGAUCCUUAUAGGAAUCAAUUUUUUAGUUUAAGAGAUAAAUUAUUUAGAGGUUAUGUAUUUGGAGAUUGGAAAAACGAUGGAAAUCAAUGA